UGAAAUUUGUAGGACUCUUCCAAGUUGUUAUCACAAGUCCAGAAUUUCAAAAGGAGUGUUAUGAGUACACUGAACAAUUGAUUUUUUCGUUUUUUUAAUGAAUAUUAAAAGACCCCAUCAAAUCAUAUAUAGUAAGUACUAUAUAGUUAUAUAAUUGGCAGCACAGAUAUAUAUAUAUAGAGAGAGAGUGUGUAGAUGAAGGAGAAGAGAGAUAUUCACAUGGGAUGUUCUAUUUGAUUCUGUGUUGAGCAGAACAGUAGUUUUACAAAGAACAUUCCUUUUUUAUUGUUAUUUUUUGGGCCAGCCAUGGAUGUUCCAUUGCCACUACAAAGACCCUUGAGUUGCACAAGUGUUUCCAAUGGAAGAACUCACCUCAAGAUCAAACGUUUUCUUGGUUUUGUCCCUCAUGGAACCACAAGUCUAUCAUUACAAUCUUCUUCUUGGAGGAAUGAUGGAAUGGUUGCUGGGGUUUCAUUUCCAUUUUGUGCAAGUGCGGGUUUCUCCAGAAGAAGACGGAGAAAAAUUUCAAGUCCUAGGAGUCAAGGUUCUUCACCAAAGGGAUUUGUGCCAAGGAAGCCUUCGGGGAUGAGCACACAAAGAAAGGAUCAGAAGAGCAAUGGUGAUAAAGAAAGUCAAAGUACUUCAUCAUCUAAAGAAUCUGAAAUUUCCAACCGGAAGACGAUUGAAGCAGAAGUUGAAACUAGUGAUGAUGACACUAAAGGAGUGGGAAUGGACCUCAAGUUUCUGGAGGAUGACAAUGAAAUCAGUGGUUCCACUAAAUCAAUAAGUCAGUUACCUGUAACUCAAUUUGUUGAAAGUGAAGAAACUGGUGAUGAUGACAAGGAUACUGUUAAGUUAAUUAAACCAAUAAGAAUGGAAGAGAGUGAUUUUCUAAUUGAUUCCGUAAUAAGAGAGCAAAGUGGAGGUGACUACUCCGAAAAUUCUCAGGGGGAAACUAAUGCCAGUAGCAAGGGCAGCCGCGCUGUGGGUACUAAACUUUCUGAGAUAUUGCAGGUGGACCCCGAUGAGUUGAAUGAGCCUCAAAAGUUGAAAGAAAAUAAUGCUGUGUAUGUUGAGUACAAAGGACCUCGAGCAAGCGAGCUAUUGGAAAUGACUAAGCCUAAUGAUGUGGAACGUAUUGGUGACUUAGACAGUAGUAGUUUCUUAAAAUCAGAUUCAGUUGAAGAGGGUGAUCCAUUAACUGCAGGAACAUUAGAGACUGAAGAUACUUCGGUAAACUUAAGAUUGGAGAUGGAAGGACCUGGAGCAAGCGAGCUAUUAGAAAUGGCUAAGCCUAAUGAUGUGGAACAUAUUGGUGACUUAGACAGUAGUAGUUUCUUAAAAUCAGAUUCAGUUGAAGAGGGUGAUCCAUUAACUGCAGGAACAUUAGAGACUGAAGAUACUUCGGUAAACUUAAGAUUGGAGAUGGAAGGACCUGGAGCAAGCGAGCUAUUGGAAAUGGCUAAGCCUAAUGAUGUGGAACAUAUUGGUGACUUAGACAGUAGUAGUUUCUUAAAAUCAGAUUCAGUUGAAGAGGGUGAUCCAUUAACUGCAGGAACAUUAGAGACUGAAGAUACUUCGGUAAACUUAAGAUUGGAGAUGGAAGGACCUGGAGCAAGCGAGCUAUUGGAAAUGGCUAAGCCUAAUGAUGUGGAACAUAUUGGUGACUUAGACAGUAGUAGUUUCUUAAAAUCAGAUUCAGUUGAAGAGGGUGAUCCAUUAACUGCAGGAACAUUAGAGACUGAAGAUACUUCGCUAAACUUAAGAUUGGAGAUGGAAGCAAAUCUACGUAGGCAGGCUACAGAAAGGCUUGCCGAGGAAAAAUUAUUGCAAGGAAUCAGAUUAUUUUGUUUUCCAGAGGUUGUAAAACCUGAUGAAGACGUCGAAAUAUUCCUCAACAGAAGUCUUUCUGCUUUGAAUAAUGAGCCUGAUGUCUUGAUUAUGGGAGCUUUUAAUGACUGGCGCUGGAGAUCUUUUACUACUAGGCUAACUGAGACUCAUCUCAAUAGAGAUUGGUGGUCUUGCAAGAUCCAUGUUCCCAAGGAAGCAUACAAGAUUGAUUUUGUGUUUUUUAAUGGACAAGAUGUCUAUGACAACAAUGAUGGAAAUGACUUCAGUAUAACUGUGGAAGGUGGAAUGCAAAUUAUCGAUUUCGAAAAUUUCUUGCUCGAGGAGAAAUGGAGAGAACAGGAGAAACUUGCUAAAGAACAAGCUGAGAGAGAAAGACUAGCAGAAGAACAAAGACGGAUAGAAGCAGAGAAAGCUGCAAUUGAAGCUGACAGAGCACAGGCAAAGGAAGAGGCUGCAAAGAAAAGGGAAGUAUUGCAAGCACUGAUGGCAAAAGCCUCGAAGAUUCGUGAUGUCACCUGGUAUAUAGAGCCAAGUGAAUUUAAAUGCGAGGACAAGGUCAGGAUAUGCUAUAACAAAAGUUCAGGUCCUCUCUCCCAUGCUAAGGACUUGUGGAUCCAUGGAGGACAUAACAAUUGGAAGGGUGGCUUGUCUAUUGUUGAAAAGCUUGUUAAAUCUGAGAGAAUAGAUGGUGAUUGGUGGUAUGCAGAGGUUUUCAUCCCUGAUCGGGCACUUGUCUUGGAUUGGGUUUUUGCUGAUGGUCCACCCAAGGAUGCCAUUGCUUAUGAUAACAAUCAUCGCCAAGACUUCCAUGCCAUUGUCCCCAAACACACGCCGGAGGAAUUAUAUUGGGUUGAGGAAGAACAUCAGAUUUUUAAGACACUUCAGGAGGAGAGACGGCUUAGAGAAGUAGCUAUGCGUGCUAAGGCCGAAAAAACAGCACUCCUGAAAGCUGAAACAAAGGAAAGAACUAUGAAAUCAUUUUUAUUGUCUCAGAAGCACAUAGUGUAUACUGAGCCUCUUGAUAUCCAAGCUGGAAGCAGCGUUACAGUUUACUAUAAUCCAGCCAAUACAGUACUUAAUGGUAAACUUGAAAUUUGGUUCAGAUGUUCAUUUAAUCGUUGGACUCACCGCCUGGGUCCCUUGCCACCUCAGAAAAUGUUGCCUGCUGAAAAUGGCACCCAUGUCAAAGCAACUGUGAAGGUUCCAUUGGAUGCAUAUAUGAUGGAUUUUGUAUUUUCCGAGAGAGAAGAUGGUGGAAUUUUUGACAAUAAGAGCGGAAUGGAUUAUCACAUACCCGUGUUUGGAGGAGUCACGAAAGAACCUCCGAUGCAUAUUGUCCAUAUUGCUGUGGAAAUGGCACCUAUUGCAAAGGUGGGAGGCCUUGGUGAUGUUGUUACUAGUCUUUCCCGUGCUGUUCAAGAUUUAAACCAUAAUGUGGAUAUCGUCUUACCUAAGUAUGACUGUCUGAAGAUGAAUCAUGUGAAGGACUUUCAGUUUCAUAAAAGCUUCUUUUGGGGUGGGACUGAAAUAAAAGUAUGGUUUGGAAAGGUGGAAGGUCUCUCGGUCUACUUUUUGGAGCCUCAAAACGGGUUUUUUGGGAAGGGGCGUGUAUACGGUUGUAACAAUGAUGGUGAACGAUUUGGUUUCUUCUGUCACACAGCUUUGGAGUUUCUUCUGCAAGGUGGAUUUCAUCCGGAUAUCAUUCAUUGCCAUGAUUGGUCUAGUGCUCCAGUUGCUUGGCUCUUUAAGGAACAAUAUACACAAUAUGGUCUAAGCAAGUCUCGUAUUGUCUUCACGAUACAUAAUCUUGAAUUUGGGGCAAAUCUCAUAGGGAAAGCAAUGACUUUUGCAGACAAAGCUACAACAGUUUCACCAACUUACUCACAGGAGGUGUCUGGAAACCCUGUAAUUGCACCUCACCUUUACAAGUUCCACGGUAUAGUGAACGGGAUUGACCCAGAUAUUUGGGACCCGUUAAACGAUAAGUUCCUUCCGAUCUCGUACACCUCGGAAAAUGUUGUUGAAGGCAAAGCAGCAGCCAAGAAAGCUUUGCAGCAAAAACUUGGGCUGAAACAGGCUGACCUUCCUUUGGUGGGAAUUAUUACCCGCUUAACUCACCAGAAAGGAAUUCACCUCAUUAAACAUGCUAUUUGGCGCACGUUAGAACGGAAUGGACAGGUGGUCUUGCUUGGUUCUGCUCCUGAUCCUAGGAUACAGAACGAUUUUGUUAAUUUGGCAAAUGAAUUGCACUCCAAAUAUAAUGACCGUGCACGGCUCUGUCUAACAUAUGAUGAGCCACUUUCUCACCUGAUAUAUUCUGGUGCUGAUUUCAUUCUAGUUCCUUCAAUAUUUGAGCCAUGCGGACUAACACAACUUACGGCAAUGAGAUAUGGUUCAAUUCCAGUAGUGCGUAAAACUGGAGGACUUUAUGAUACUGUAUUUGAUGUUGACCAUGACAAAGAGAGAGCGCAACAGUGUGGUCUUGAACCAAACGGAUUCAGCUUUGAUGGAGCUGAUGCUGCCGGAGUUGAUUACGCUCUGAAUAGAGCUCUCUCUGCUUGGUACGAUGGUCGGGAUUGGUUCAACUCUUUAUGCAAACAGGUCAUGGAACAAGAUUGGUCUUGGAACCGACCUGCUCUUGACUACUUGGAGCUUUACCAUGCUGCUAGAAAGUUACAAUAAUUAGUUUGAGAGAUACUAGCAGAAAGAUUCACAAGAUCUUCAAUCUGUACAGGUUCAGUGUUAGUGUUUUGACGACAUUUCUUUUCCUAUAGUAAAGUAUACUUGCAAGUCUACCCCGCGAUCAAUAGCAGAGAGUGCUCAGUUAAGUUAAUUUUUUGUGCAGCAUAUGAAAUAGUUUAGCCUCAAAUAAUGUAGUCUAUUGAUGUUUAUUCAUUUUGAGAAGUGAGAGAUCAAAGGAUGCAAAAUACUUCCAA